AUGGAGGCACUUGGUGCAGCCGCUUCCAUCGCGGGACUCGUGAGUCUCGCGAUCGAAAUACCCAAAUUAAUCGACACAAUUAAUAGUAUCAAAUCAGCCCCAGGCGAGGCUCUCCAGCUUUCCAGCACGGUUGAUGCUUUGAUCGCGACACUGCAAAAGCUAGAGUCUUUCCUCAAGACUGACGAGGCCCGGGAAAUGCACUUGGCAGAUGACUAUACCCACAUCGAGUACCUCUUCAUCCUCUCAGAGCACAACGUCAAAGGUCAAAGAUACUUUGAUAAGGUUUCGAUGGCCUCUCGACAAGUCAGAAUGUCUCAACAUUGUGGCACAAUUACAUGCAAUGCAAAGUACAUUCGAGUUCUGCUUGGUCAUGAAAAACUGGUUGGUUCUGUCCUUUCUCUCGAUUGUGUCCAACAAAUGGCCAAAUCACAUAAAGAAGUCAUCUCUCACUUCAAAACACAGAGUGAAGCUCUAGCUCAGAUGGCAGCUGCCUUUCCCGACCAGGCUAUUCAAGCUUCGAAUUUGCUCAAGAAGAUCGAAUCAAUCUCAUCGUGCGUUGAAAGCAACGCAAGGCAGCUUGAUGCAGUUCAUCUCGGUGUGAACAACUUGCAAGAAAUGAACAAAGACUUUGCGGAUUAUUGUGACUAUAAAAUCCAUGGUCAGGCUCUAGAAUGGCUUUCUCCACUUGACCCAUUCUUAAGACAUGAAGAGAUACAAACAAGUCGAUUGCCAGGAACAUGCAAAUGGAUAUCUGAAGAUAGCGACUUCAUUUCAUGGGCUCAGACACUACACCCUGACAAAAGCGACGACGUCUGCUGCCGGAUUGGCGACCCAGGCCAGGGGAAAACAUACACAAUGUCUUAUAUGAUCGAGCAUCUUGAAGGCCUGUACCCAUCUGGUACCGGCGUUUAUGUCACGUAUUUGUAUUGCGAUUACCAGAGAACGAAAGACUUUCCCGUGCAAGCAUUGAUCGGCGCCAUCGUUCGCUUACUUCUUUCUCAGUUUGACAGACUUCCUCACAAGAUCAGGGAUCUAGUCACUGACGCUACUGUGAAGUUACGCCGACCCAAUGCUACAAUCGAUCAGAUGCACCAGAUUCUGUCGUGGCUCGAACCUCAGGUAGAAAGAAUUUUUAUCUGCAUCGACGCGCUUGAUGAGUACGAGAAUGCGGAAGAACUUGUCAAUGCUUGCCGGAGGUUGCCCCUGAGAAAGUCACUACUCUUCGUAGGACGCCAUUCCAUCUUCCAGUCUUUGAGGAGAUCAUAUCCACAAUCGUCUUGUCGAUCCAUCAAUCCGCCCAGUGAUGACAUUGAAGCUGUUAUCGCCGAGGGGCUCGCAAAAGCAGCGGCAAGAGACCCCAGCCUCAUGCCUGAGACCCUGAAGGUCGAGAUCCAGAAGGGUAUAUCUAAACUUGCCAAUGGAAUGUUUCUACUAGCUACCUUACACCUGGCCCUUGUCCUGAGUCGCAAUACUAUCUUGCAACGGCGACUAGCCCUGAGCGAUCUGCCUCCUACUUUGGAUGGGACCUUCAGCCAGACUCUAAAAAGAAUCAAGGAACACACCCAUGCCUCACAGGCGCUGAGGAUACUCGCUUGGAUUCACUGCAUUGGCCCUUCGCCAUUAGAAUUGAUCCGACAAGCAUUGGCAGUAGAACCGUCGCACUCACGAUUUGAGGAGGAAAAUCUUCCCAGCCGCCUGUCCAUGCUUGAUUGCUGCUUUGGAUUGGCCAGGAUUGACACAAUUGACACAAUUGAAGGACUCUACCAUGGGAAAGAUAAAAAGGUGGCCUUGGUCCACUCGACGCUGAGUACAUAUUUCCAGUCUAACAAAUCCAUCUUGAACGAUGCGAUGGUCAUGAAUGCAGAAAGCUGCCUAGCUUUGUUAUCAUUCCCCCUGCCUUUGCCUGGGGACCUCUUGGGAUUGGCCAGAGACUGGUGGGUAUCGCUUCUGUGCGAUCUCAAUCCCUUGCCCACACGGUUGUCUAAAAGAGCAUGUGCUACCUGUGUUCAAAUCAACAUUCAAAUAAACGACGGAAAUCUUCAAAAUGUUCCGAGACACGCGAGGAUGCUGCUGGCUCAAAACGCCCGGAGUAACGGGUUUCAUCGAUCUCAGAUUGACCAGCGCCAACCACUAUUGAACACAAUUUGCAUGCUCGGACUGGACGUACUUGACCUCGAUAUUCACGAGUUAUUGGAAGCGGACAAUCACAAAGAUAGCGAUCUCAUUGAUCCAAUCGACAUGUUUGGCUCAAGUCCGCUGGGCUGGGCUCUACUACCGGCGAACCAUUUUAGAACAAACUGGCAAUUCCCGCAGCCUGAAUCGUCUUUCAAGCAAUGCCUUUUGCGCGCCGGGAAACUUAUCGGAAGAUGCUCGAUAAUGCAACCAAGAAGAAUGGUGCUUUGGAGCGCGGCAACUCUGGCCAAGAUCAAUGAAGGUGGGCAUACCCACCUCGAAGGGGGCACAGGGUUGAGAUAUCCCAAUGCGUCCCCUCUUCUCUUCUUCAUUGCCAACCACUCAUGUGAUACAACGGCUACAGAAGGAUGCCUUGAAGCAAUCAAACGCAAUUGGGAUAUCGAUGUUUGGUCAAUGCUUCAAGGGGGGCCUGGCGCCACGUCUGUUUGUGACAGGUGCCUUUCACUGCAGGAAACAACCAAUCUUUGGAACCUUGUGGUUUGGGGCAGUGAGGAAUCCGAAGUUAAGUCCUCAGAUACUUACGACACCUGCUGGCCAGGAGGGAACUGGGACAAAUACCAACCAAAACCCACUCCGCGGUGGGACAUGGACAUCAUCGCUCUCUUCGAACCUGGCAAAUACACACCUGUUCACAGUUUCACUUCUCAAGAGCGUUGGCACAAGAGGAGAGCAUUGGAACUGUAUUGCAGUGCUCGGAAAGAUAUAUCACUUGAGACGGUAUAUUCUUUCCCGGCCGAGGAUUAUACGAUUUAUAAGAUUUCUCUGCCUCAACAAGCAAUCCUUCAAUCUAGCGCCAUUAGUGCUUUUUACAGCGUUUUCGUAUUUGCGCUUUUGGUUCUGAAGCUGGAUCCAAUCGUCCCAGAUCCCCAAGGAAUGUUUGUAUUGCAAAUCUGCGCAUGGGAUAACCAAACAGUAUACGCUAAAGCAAUUCUGGACAUAGCCGCCACGGCUAUAAACCUUCAGGAUCAACAUGGAAGAACUGCUCUACAUUACGCAGUCGAGAUCCGAUCGAGGAAGAUGGUUAGCGUCUUACUAAGGAGGAAAGCCGACCCCAACAUCGCAGACUUGAAACACCAGACACCUUUGCAUCUGGCCAUCAUAGGGCGUGAUCUUACCAUUUUCGAGAUGCUCAUUUCAUCCGAAACCGUGCCGAAGCUCACAUCAAGCAAUAUGGGAAGAGCCUGGAAUCUUGCCCUUGAAGCUGGCGGAAGCUUUGCCAUGAGACUUCUUCGCAUUGUGCAUAACAACAAAUCAUUAUGGUUGCUCGAUCAAGGCGACACGACAGCGCCGUCCGCGCUCGCGCCCAGCAACGGUAUACUCCAGCUGAUGAUAGUAGCUGAUCAAAGUUUGGCUUGCACAGAUAAAGACCUCGAUUUCAUGAUACGUAUGGUGACCAAAAGCCUGGUCAAAAGCCGCCCUCCUGCUACUGGGAGCACAAUCAUUACAGCAAGGAGCAACCAGUUUUCAAGCCCGAGCGAACUCUCCACCAUCAUCAGAUCUGCUAUUGUAAACGGGGCUGACGCAGUGGCGGCAUACAUUCUGCACAAUUACCCAAUAGAUAUUGGCAACAUAAGCGAUAAAGGAGAAUCUGCCCUUCACCUUGCAGUCAUUUACAACGCGCCCAAAGUUUUUCAGUUCUUAUUGGACUGCGAUAGCCUUAACAGCACCGCACAAGUGAAUUUUGAGGGUUACACCGUCCUACACUUGACGCUCGUCCACAAGAGACUGGAUAUCCUGCAAAUAUUGCUCCAUUCAAACAAAGUCAACGCAGGUCAAGUGCACAGCAGCAGCGGUGCCACGGCAUUACACUUGGCGAUACGGCACAGUUUUACUGAUGCCGUGCCUCUGCUGCUAUCCUGUCCACAAAUCGACUUUGACGUGCUUGAUGAAUACGGCCGCGCAGCGCUGCACCACGCCGUGUUGAAGCAAGAUGUUGCACUGGUCAAGCUACUGCUUGACUGUCCAAUGGUGACCCCGACAGUGAUUUCUGGCGAUGGACGCACAGCGCUCGCGUACGCGGCUCUCUGCGCUGGUGAGGAGAUGAUUACGGUCUUGUUGGAGGUGGGGAGCUUUGAUUUGAGCCUCAAGGAUACUUAUGGGAAGACUGCACUCGAUUGGGCACGUCUCAACACCAGUACUGGGGUCGCUGCAAUGUUGGAAGCCGCCGGGUCGGGCUCCAUUAGUGCUGCAUAG